GUAUAACCUGUGACAUUUGAUAUGGCGACACGGCGUUCAUGAAUGUUGAUUUAUAUGUGUUGCAUAUUUCGUUAGUAAAUACAUUCGUUAAAAUGAAUGUCAUAAAACUACACUGCAUGCGGUCUUUAUGCCGCCAGCUCAGUACCUCAUGUGGUGUAUUCUCUUACAAAAGUGCAAUUUGUCUAGAAAAUAUUUAUCCCAAAAGCAAUCUUUCAAUUACUACUGCUACAGAGGUAGCAGUGGAUCCCAACUGUCCAAAUUUCUCUGGUUUUAUACCAAUAGAUAAACUGCACAUAACGUACAGCAGUAGUUCUGGUCCAGGCGGUCAGAAUGUCAACAUGGUUAACACAAAGGUGGAUCUACGUUUCCAUGUUGCGUCAGCAGAUUGGAUCUCAAAGGAUAUCAGGGACAAUAUCCUAGAGCAGCACAAGUCAAGGAUAACGAAAGAAGGUUUCCUGGUAUUUCGUUCUGACAAGACACGAUUCCAGCAUCUAAACCUAGCUGAUGCUCUAGAGCGGCUACGGGCUUUAAUACGGGCUGUGGCUCUGCCAGUGAUGGAAGUUUCACCAGAGACUGAAGAGAAGCUACGGAAACGGAGAGAGAAGAAUGCCCGUAUAAGGCUGGUGGAGAAGAGGGCAAGAUCCUUAACGAAGCAACAGCGCAAUUCCCCAUCUGUAGAUUUUUAGUUGUAUUUCUGGAAUCUGGCAUAAUACUUUAAUUUUUGAACUAACAUCUUGAAAGGAUGAAAUGAGUAUGCUAUUUAAAAUAUAAGGUGUGCAUAUAAAGAUUUAAUCUUGUUUUGAAUAUAAUGAUGAACUAUUA